UUCACAUAUGUUUUCCUCCCCUUCCUGCAUGAAUAGUGUGACAAAGCAGAGGCAGCUGGGGAAAGCAUUCAGCAGUAGUGCCUGCACUGCUUAGCUGUAUUCUCGCAACAGAUCUGGGGCAAGAAGGCAGCAGGCCAUGCAUAAAUACAACUAGGGGAGAUAAUGGUGCACAGCUACUCUUAGGAACUGAAGAACUAUAGUGGUCCAUGUUUCACUGCUAGACAGUCUCUGGUUUUGCUAACAGAGAGCAGAGGAACUUGUGUUUGCUUUAAAUAAUAGGCUCCAAGUUUUGUAUUCACCAACUCAUUUUUUUUUCAAACAUGGGGUGCUCCUCGUCCAGUGCACAGACUGUUGAUCAAGAGAAAAGACCAGGUACAAAGCCAGAGGAAAGCAAUGGAGAUACAGUGGCACUCAGAAAUGGUAUCAUCCCAGAAGAUGCACAAACCAUUGAGGACCAGAUGCAGUUGCCUGUGCAGACUGCCUUACCAGACGAUCUUCAACCGGGAGCCGAUGAUGAGGCGGAGGCCGUGUUGGUAGCUCUGGAGGCCCAGGAGGAUCUUGGCUCUGGGGAGGACCUCCUGACUGCUCCUGAGCCUCUGCCAGAACCUGCUGCCCCUGCAGAGCCAGCCCUAGAGGCCGCUGCUCCAGCGGAAGCCGCUACGAAACCUGAGGCUGCUGUAGCUUUGGUGGAGGCACUUCCCCCUGUGGAAGAAGCUGCCGCCGUAGAAACUGUAGUGGCUGAGGCCACUCCGGAGGUCCAAGCCCAUGUUGAGGCUACAGCGGAGGCCUCUUCUGAUGAAUCUGUUGUAGCUGUGCAGGCAGAGGCCCCUGCUGUUGUUGCCACCCCUGCGGUUGAAUCUGUCGUAUCAGAGCCAACAGAGGCUUCUCCUGAAGUUGCCACUCCUGCGGUUGAAACGGUUGUAUCAGAGCCAGCAGAGGCCUCUCCUGAAGUUGCCCCCCCUGCGGUUGAAUCUGUUGUAUCAGAGCCAGCAGAGGCCUCUCCUGAAGUUGCCACCCCUGCGGUUGAAACGGUUGUAUUAGAGCCAGCAGAAGCCUCUCCUGAAGUUGCCAUGCCUGCUCUUGAACCUGUUGUAUCAGAGCCAGCAGAGGACCCAGUGAUUGUGGAAGAGGCAGCAGCUGCAGCGGCUGAGGCCCCUGCUGAAGUGGCUGCUCCUGUGGAGGCAGAGGCUCCAACUGACAAUACUGCACCAGCUCCUACCUCAACAGCACCAUGUGAAUCCUCAGAACCAGGUGAAGUUUCAGCACCAGCACUAAGUGAGGCCUCAGCACCAGCUGAAGCGGUAGCCUCAAGUGAAGUUGUAGUAUCAGAUGAGGCUUUGGCACCAGCUGAAGCUGCAGCCCCAGUUGAAGCUGCAGGCCCAGGGGAAGCUGCAGUCCCAGUUGAAGCUGCAACCCCAGGGGAAGCUGCAGUCCCAGUUGAAGCUGCAACCCCAGGGGAAGCUGCCGCCCCAGGUGAAGUUGUAGUACCAGAUGAGGCUUCGGCACCAGGUGAAGCUACAGCCCCAGGUGAAGUUUCAGCCCCAGAUGAGGCUUUAGCACCAGGUGUAGUCUCAGCACCGGGUGAAUCGUCAGCACUCGUAGAGGCAGCACAGCUUCUUAUAGAUCCAAAGAUUGCGGCAGCAACUAUUCCAGAGUUGCCUCCAUUAUCUCCAGUCACUGUUGAGGCCCAAACCGAGCCUCAGAAGGCCGUUGAGGAGGCAACAGCACCUCCAGCAGCAACAACUGUGAGCUCAGAGUCUGCGGCAGACUGUGCAGCACCAGCGAAGGCUCCUGUGGUUGAAUCCACCCCAGCUGAAGCACCCUUGGCACCAGCUCCUGAGCCCUCACCUGAAGUGGUGUCUGCAACUGAGGCCUCUCAGGAUACAGACAGCGUCAAAGCCAAAAAGGAAGAUUGAGUCGACAGAAGAGAUGCACCAAAAUAACUAAACCCCCAAAGCUACCAUUGCACGGAAACUGGAAGAAAAACAAGACCAAGCAAUAAACGCUACAUUUUCAGUAUUGUCAUCAGCGCUUACCAACUGUACCAGAUACAUUAAUAUGCACGGUGCCUUGAUAACAUGUAAUUUAGGAAAAUUUUCCUACAUUUGUAAAUAUAAACCUUUUAUUAUGUUUUUCUAUUGAGACCUUAAGUGCCUGGAGCCACAUACAGUACUCUACACGCAGGCCUAUGCAGAAAAAAGGCUAUAAAAACACUUAGGUUAGAUGAGACAAGAGGGUGCAAUAUUCUGUGAAAUCUGUGAACUCUUGUGAGAGUGUGAUUAACUAGGGAAGGGUACUUCAAAUAGCUGCUUCUGAGGAAUACAAGCCAAAUGCAACUGUGAAUAAAAUUAUGCAAAGAGUUUAAGGUGACACAGACACCAAACCGGGUGGAUGAACACACCGACUAGGUUUACACUGCCAGCCUAAUUUUCUAUCCCCUAUAUAGAACUGAUUUUAAAGUAUCACAUUUUCACAGAUUGAAUUUUUAGGUUUUAUUAAGUCUAAUUUCUGCCAUAAAUCCACAUUUCUGAUUGGUGUUUUAACAUUAUUUAAUUAAAGCCUUUCUAAUAAGGUUACUUUAAUUAAUAGGAAUGACAAUACUUAAUGUUAAGUAACAGGGUGGACAGUGUAAUACUGAUAAGCACUACUGUAAGUCAAAUCUGUGUUUUUUUUCUGUUUUAAAUAAGGAAGAAAACAUGCAUGCAGAUUAUCAGAUGCAUAUACAAAAGAUUAGUAAUGACAUAAUCAUUGCCAGGUUGAGGAUGCAGAUGAUAACCCAAGUUCUGAUAUGUCGUCUUGGUGUUCCAUGAAGCCAUUUUGUGAAGCUGCACUGCAGCUGGCAGAUGUUCAUUUAAUUAUCUUUCUAAAAAUGAAGGCGUUUCCAAUUAUAAAUUCAACAACGCAUUCUCACGAAUGUGUUCAUAUGAUAUCGUACAAAAACAUGUUCACACCCAUUCGUAUGAUAUCCUACGAAAUUAGGUGACCGCCGCUUGGUCAGAUGACAUCCUGUCGCAUGACAGUUAAAUUUAGCCGACAAAAGGUGACUUUGAGCCGGGUACACUGUGAGCUGCCGGUCGUUUCAACAGCCUUUACAGUUAAGUUUAGCGGCGGCGACAGUUAGGUUUAGGCACCAAAACAACUAGUUGCAUGGGACACAAGCACGCGUUUCCUGGGUACAAGUCUUGUGUUUUCCCCGGGACGCGAACUCUGCUCCCCGGCCUAAAAGCCCUGUGUUUUAUGAUUUAUUUUUUUUAUUUUUAUGACAUCCAGCAUCAGUCAAUGAGGUGCAUAUAGCAAAACAUACUGUGAAUACAUAUGAAUUAAAGUGCUCUACUUUUCAUAGAGAUAUGUACGAAUGGUUGAUGAAAACAGCCUAAUUCAAAGGCCUCUUAAGGCCUAGCAAUGCUGAUGACAUAUGCACAUUGGUUUUGGUUUGCGUUCAUUACAUACAUGUGUCGCACAAUAAGAGAUCACCUAGGACGUGAUUUUUAAAUGAUUAGUUCUUAGUGUGAGUUCUUAGAAAAUGAUUUAAAUUGUGUAAGAUGUGAUGUACAGAAGUGGAGAACGGCCGUGCUU